CGCCACCCUCAACAGCGCAACCCUCCUCGACGCGCGCCCAAAAAGAAACCUCAGCUCCAGAGAUAAAUCGUGAACUCGAUUUUCUGACAAUCACCGUUCUCGCUGGCUCCUUCAGCUCGAAUCACGGCCUAUCUGCUGCGGCGAGGCAAAUAUCCUCUGCCCCCACCGCCCUGCAUGGCCCUCGUCAGUGUCGACACCCCUUUGCAGGUGCCUCCUCCAGUCGAGAAGACUCCGGAUGUGAUUGUCACCCCUUGUGAUCCGUGGCCUGCGCCGUAUUACAUGGAACGGGGCCUGCGUCGCGUCCGGCCUUAUCACUACACCUAUAACACGAACUGCAAGGAGCGAUGGCGGGGUAAGAGGUUGGAGGACAUUUUUACCUCUGAAUUCCGAGACCGAGCGCCUGAGUACUAUAGGGCCGCACUCGACAACGGCUUGAUCUGCGUCAACGGCAAGCCCGCUGGCCGAGACACCAUCAUCAAGAACGGCCAAGUCGUCUCCCAUACCACCCACCGCCACGAACCCGCCGUGACCAGCGCACCGAUCGGUAUCAUCCACGAAGAUGAUGACUUGAUCGUCAUUGAUAAGCCGGCCGGUGUGCCCGUUCACGCUGCAGGUCGCUACCACUACAAUUCGGUCGUUGAGAUUCUGCGCGCAGAGCGAGGCCAUGACUGGGUUCCUAGACCGUGCAAUCGGCUGGAUCGAUUGACGUCGGGAAUCAUGUUUAUCGGAAAACACCCCAAGGGUGCGGAGAAAAUGGCGGGAGCCUUGAUGGCGCGAACCGUGCAGAAGGAGUACGUCGCUCGCGUCAAGGGCAAGUUCCCCGACGGCGUGGUGGUCUGCGACCAGCCCAUCAUGCAAGUGAGUCCGAAGCUGGGCUUGAACCGGGUGCGGGCCACGGGCAAGUCGGCCACGACCAAGUUCCGCCGUCUGGCAUAUUAUCCUCCUCAGGCGGCGGUUGCUUCUGCCGAGAAGCACGCUGCCUCUGGCGAUCGCGCGGUGACUCCUCCGCCCGUUCUCGCCAAUGAGGACGAGGGGUACAGUGUUGUUCACUGUUUCCCCUUGACUGGACGGACCCACCAGAUUCGUGUGCACCUCCAGUUCUUGGGCCAUCCUAUCACCAAUGAUCCCAUUUACUCGAACCGUCGCGUCUUUGGACCAGAGCUUGGCCGCAACGAGACCAGCGGUGACCGUGACGAUGAAAUCAUGGAGCGACUUCAUCGCAUGGGCAAGACGGAAGUUGCCGACACCGUCUCAUACCGCACUCACUUGACCGCUGCGCCCAAUGUUCCCCCGGGUACCGACCCCGCCAUUCUAGCGGAUAUCAUGGCCCGGGAGCAGCAAGCUGCCUCGGACGAGUACGAGAAGCGCAAGGGCGAGCGUCUCUCCGGCAAGUUCUGCGAUGUUUGCCAAACGGAGCUGUAUACUGAUCCGGGUCCUCACGAGCUUGGUAUCUUCCUGCACGCCGUUGCUUAUGCUGACCGUAACGGUGACUGGGGUUACCGCAGUCCAAUGCCAUCCUGGGGUCUCCCACCUCCUGGAUCAGAAGGCCCUCAUGAAGUCCCAGACUGGGUUCCCGUUCCCGAAAGCGAGGAAAUCGUAUUCGGUCAUGGUACCGUUCCUCCGGAGAUUGGUGUUGACGAUGAAAAUGAGCAGCCAAAGCCUAUUUCCAGCACGGUGCUUGUCACGGGUGUCGGCAUGGUUGACUUUUCAGACCCGAGGCAUGGUCUGACGGAUGAUGUUUCCCAGCUAAAGGAGACGGCGACACCCACUCCUGCAAACCCGUAAAUGAUCUUAUAUACUCUUGCUGGGUUUUUGCAUUUGGGGCUUUUGUCGCAUUUCGAGUCUGUCAAAAGCUACGUUCUGGUUCAUGAUACCAUAUCUCUGUAUAGACAGCGAAAGAUGGGUUAUUUUGUAUACCUUGCUUUUCGGCUUUGGUCAUUAGAAAUGGGCUGUUGAUAGAGCACUUUCCUGAGACUUCUCCACCCUAAACGCAAUCCUCCCACCAGUACUUAGAAACUACUUCGUCGCUGUCUAAUGUAUGUCCACCUCGGAUAUGUAUGUUAGGCAUCAGAGAAUUUGUAUGCUUUGACAAGCACUCAAGGACAAACACUCCGGUCACCACAAACCCAACUCCAACCCCGC